AUGCCUCCUAAGAAAGCCACCGGUGCCGCCGCUGCCCCCAAGGACAAGAAGCCCGCCGCCGCCCCGGCUCAUGCUUCAUACAAAGAUAUGAUCAAGGACGCUAUCAUCAACGUGAGUCAAUUCCAUUUGCGACCACCUCAAUGCCGUGGGAUCCGCCUACCUCGUCGUCAGAAGGUCCACGUGAGAUUGGCGAAAGAGUCGGAACCUGUGGAAGACAUUCCCUUUCAAAAGUGUGGCAUUGCUGACGUGUCUCGGGGCAACACAGCUCAAGGAGCGAAAUGGAAGCAGGUCAGUAUCUCCCCAUACCUUGUCGCCGCCGCCGCCGCCUCAGGCCGACAAGCCAUCAAGAAGUACGUCAAGGCAAACAACAAUGUCACCAUCACAUCCGAGUCUCAAUUCGACUCCCUGUUCAACAAGGCCUUGAAGUCUGGUGUCGAGAAGGGCGACUUCCAGCAGCCCAAGGGUCCCUCGGGUCCCGUCAAGCUGGCGAAGAAGGAAGCUAAGCCUGCCGAGAAGAAGGCCGCCGCCCCCAAGGUCGGUCUCUAUCAUAAGGAGAAGAAGGAGGAGAAGCCCAAGGCUCCCAAGACCAAGACUGUUAAGCCCAAGACCGCCGCAACAAAGGUCAAGAAGGCGGCCGCUCCCAAGAAGGCCUCGACUGCCAAGCCAAAGGCCAAUACCGCCACCAAGAGAGCUCCUAAGACCAAGACGAAGACCGAGGCCGCCCCUGCCGUCACAGAUGCCCCAACAGUGCUGAAGAAGACCAAGUCAGGGCGCGUCAGCAAACAAAAGACCACGGCUGGCACGAAGAAGGCCGCUCCCAAGAAGGCAGCACCCAAGAAGAGUGCCGCCCCAAAGAAAUCCGCCACACCCAAGAAGGCUGAAACCUCUGCAUGA